ACUGAGUUGGUGUCUCCGCCUCCUACGAAUGUUUCUCUUCUCCCCGCGUUGGAACUCUCCGUCUAUUUCUGGAUAUAACGGUUGUUUGCUUUAGCGGUCGGCGUUUGUUCACCCUGAACUGAAGGUGACAUUUCGAAAUAUUGCCCCCCUUUGACGUUGUUUUCAACUUUACUUCCGGGAUGAACGCUUUAAUCCGGCGGUCGAUCGCCGGUCGACUUCACAACGUGAAGAAUAUCCAUGUAGGCGCACCUGUCGCGACCUUUGACCUGAGGAGGAUCGAGCUGACGCCACUGGAGCAGCGGAAGUUGACGUUUGAUUCCCAGGAGAUGAUGAAACAACUGCAGUGCAGCGGUUUUGAGAAGCAGCAAGCAGAGCUGGUGGUCUCUGCUCUGGUCACCUUGACAACAGCCAACAUGGACAUUGUUUACAAGGACAUGGUGACCAGAUCUCACCAGGAGAUCGCGCUGCAGCAGAUCAUGGCGCAUCUGGACGCCAUCCGGAAGGACAUGGUGAUCCUGGAGAAGAGCGAGUUCGCCAAUCUCCGCUCCGAGAACACGAAGAUGAAGCGCGAGCUGGAGCAGCUGAAGGAACGGGUGAAGGAAGAGAACCUGAAAGUCCGAGCUGAAACGAAACUGGACAUCAACCUGGAGAGAAGCAGAGUCGCUGACAUGUUCAGUGACCAAGAGAAGCGAUUGAUGGAGACAGUCACAGACUUUCACCAGAAGAAAAGUGACCUGGAGCACGACAACAUGGAGAUCAACAAGAAGAUUGACCUGCAGGUGGCGUCGCUCAAGACGGUCCUGGAGUCUCUGAAGCUGGAGACGGUCCGCUACUUGGCAGGCACAGUCUUCGCUUGUCUCGCCAUCGCCCUGGGAGUUUACAGGAUGUGGAGGUGAAGAGGAGACCCAGCUUGGUCCAACCACUAGUUUACACAUGCGACAGUGUUUUAGAGAUGAUUCACGAUCAGAAGUAGCAAACUUGCUGACUCAACUAAAAUGACUGCUGAAGCCAUGUUUAUAUAUUUUUUAACACCAGACUUGAUCUAAAUUGUGUUUGCACAGAAUGACAAGAAAUUAAGAAAAAAAAGAAUGUUUUAAAAGAUGUUAUUUUACAAUGAAGGUCAAGAGUCUCUACCUUUUGGAAGAGAAUUUAAGUGUUGGGCUGCGGAGGCUUUAGACUGAGCUCUCUCUUGAUGGGACUAGUUUUACGAGGACGGAACAAGGGGAUCAAACUUUUGCCGGAGAACGAUUUUGGGAAAUUUAUACGAGUGCACCGAGAUACUCUUUUCAAAUCACGUUACACACAUUGCUAUGGCGUUUUUUUUUCACUCCGGGCCUGCUCUGAGAAUUUGUCCAGAAGUUUUAGGAGCUUCAUUUGUAAAAACAAACCAGUGUUAUUUAUUUGUAUUAGUCUGUUGUACCAAAUGUAUUUUAACAAAUGUCAUUUAAAAAAAUAAAAAA